AUGCCAACUAUCAAUUCACGAUCGCUUAAUUUGCCCAAGAUACGUCAAUGUCCUCCUACUUCACGUCGAUCAACAAGAAAACAUCGACAACUGAAUUGUCAGUCACAUCGAUCAAAUAAUCCCAGAGUUCUAAUAAAGAAACCACGAACGUUUGGAUUAUAUCUUAUAACUAAAACCAGUCAUCCUUACAAAAUUACAAAUUUUCAAAUAAGUUUAAGUUAUAAAGUAUUACGUCGUAGUCCUAAUCUUACACGAAAAAAAACUAACUCUGCAAUACAUUGUCAAUUAUUACCAGUCAAUUAUUUAUUAAACGACAAGUCAGCUAGAACUCAACAACUUCCACGUGAAAUAACUGACGAUCGUAUGCGUGCAUUAAUGUUGCCUAGUCCACCACACCUAAGGAAAAUCAAUCACAAAACGCUGACAUUGAAUCGAAAUGCCCGAAAACUGUGGAAAAAAUCUCCCGAAUUACAAUUGAUGAGUGAACGAUAUCGAUUGGCGGCCAAAAUGCAACCGAAACUACUACACCAAACAAAACGUUAUCUAGAUCCGAAAUUUUCCGAUCGAUUAAUUUAUAAUGGAAGUCGUUUGAAAUUUUUCUAUGAUUCAUUGUAUCAAUGUAAUUUUCCAGCAGUGAAAUUUGUCUUGGAACGUGAACCAGGCUUGAUUUUAGAUGCUGUUGAACCGAACACUGGUUAUUCCAUUCUAUUAGCUGCCUUAUUGAUUAGAUCUCCUUUGAAACGAGUAAAACUAAUGAGAUUAUUGUUGAAAUAUCUGCAGAAAUUUAUUCAAUUAUCCAGUGAUCGACUGGAUGAGAAUGAAAUCUGUGCACGGAUUUUACAAUGGACUGAUCCAAUCGAUGGACGUGAUUGUAUUGGUUGGACAUGUUUACUAGGUUUUGAAGUGGAAUUCAAACUACUCAUGACACAUUUAUCCGCUGGGGGUAUUGAUUUUCAGAAAUCCGAUUUCACUGGCAAUACAUAUUUACAUUUAGCCAUAAUCAAUGGUUCUGUGAUGAUUGUCAAUGAUUUAUGUCAGUCGAUACGAAAAUAUUGUAUUUCAAUGGAGAAUUGUUUAAAUAGUUUUGGUUUAAAUCCAAUCCAGCUGGCGUAUCAUUUAAAAAUGGAUGCAAUUACAAAUAUUUUAGAUAAACAAUGA